AUGUGGUUUUACAUCGGAUGCAUUGUGUAUUACCUAUUCAUCAAACCAUCUUGCAUUAUUUCUGCUCGAACUCGACAGUAUCAAAUUCACUUCUUCUGUGGAAUUGUUGUACAAACUGUUGUCCCUCUGAUACUUAUUGUUCUCACGUAUAGUAUUCUGAUAGCUGCAAUUCUCACAGAUGGAGUCACUCAAGGACUCAUAAAUAUGUGCAUAGUCACUGUUGGAGUACAUGGUUUAGUCGAGAGUUUGGUCAUCAUUCUGAUUCAUGGAGCAUACAGAAGAGCUGUUUUGAGUUUUUUCUGCAAAAUAAAAUAUUUGAAAAAUAGUCGAACCAGUGCUGGAAUAAGGAACGUGGAAGCAGGUGUCUCAGCCUGGACUACACAAUAA